AUGUUGCGGAAGGUGGCACAGCGUGCGGUACAGACCCGAGCAAUCUCCAGUCGGUUCUUCGCGUCGAGAGCCAAGUCGACCUUCGCCGUGGCGGACAACAGCGAGCCGUUCAACCCUUUCGAAGUGCAGCCUGGUUGUUUGCAGCCUGGUCUGCCAGCUACGGAGUUCCUAGAACGUCGGAAGAAACUGUUCGCGUCGAUGCCCGACAACUCUGCGCUCAUCGCAAAUGCGGCCGAAGUCAAGUACAUGACGCACGACAUUCCGUGGGAGUUUCACCAGAACAGCAACUUCAUGUACCUCACAGGACUCGAGGAACCCGACGCCCACGCGGUGCUGCUCAAGAGCCAGAACAAGUGCUCGUUCGUGCUCUUUGUGCGUCCGCGAGAUCCGCACAGUGAACAAUGGGAUGGCGCCCGUGUCGGUCUGGAUGGAGCCAAGCACCGGUAUUUGGCGGACGACGCCUUCCAGCUGACGGAUCUUUCUCCAGCCAUGCACAAGCUGCUCUCUAGCGUGGAUAAAGUCUUCGUACUGAAGCCUGACGGGGGUAGAUACUCGCCGACUUUCGUGGAUGCGACUAAGACUUUCCACAGCAAGUUCUUCGCUGGCGACUUCUUGGUCGAGCAGCUCCGUGUGGUCAAGUCGGAGAAUGAACUCAACCGCAUGCGGUUUGCCGCAGACAUCGGUGCGCAGGGAUUCAUUGACAUGAUGAAGAACACCCGGCCUGGGAUGUCAGAGCUAGCGUUGGGAUCGACAUUCGAGGGGUCAAUCAAGAAGAAUGGCGCGCUGUGGAACGCGUUCCCAAAUGUUGUGGGAUCGGGAGCGAAUGCUGCGGUGGUUCACUACUUGUCGAAGCGAGAUUUGCUCCGCGAGAACGAUUUGGUGCUAGUUGACUCGGGAUGUGAGGUUGCUGGCGGCUAUGCUAGUGAUAUUACGCGCACGUGGCCUGUGGGUGGAAAGCUUUCGUCGGGACAGGAACUGAUGUAUGAGUUCGUGCUGGAUGUCCAGAAGAAGUGCUUGGAGCACUUGAAAACCAUGAUCGAGAGCAAGGAGCCUAUCACCUUGAACGAGUUGCACGACUAUUCCGUGGAUAUCAUGAUGAAGCGGAUGCUGGAGUUUGGAAUCUUGAAAAACAAGAGUGGGCCAUUAGCUCGCUCUGCGAUUCGCGAGUUCCAAAAGUACAAUCCGACACACGUCGGUCACUAUUUGGGCUUGGAUACGCACGAUACGCCACACGUCACGCGCAGUGCGCCGUUAGUUCCAGGUAUGGUGGUGACUGUGGAGCCGGGUAUUUACUUGCCGAAGAACGACUUCGACUUGCCUGAAGAGCUCCGUGGUAUUGGUAUUCGUAUUGAAGAUGAUGUGGUGAUUACAGAUUCUGGUAUUGAGAUUACGACCACUAAGGUGCCCAAGGAGUUGCAGGCGAUGGAGGCAUUGCGCUACGAGUAG